AUGAAGACGGUGGAUGCAAUCCUCACAGGUUUGCUGCUGGCCUCCUCAGCGAGUGCCAGCACUUGCCAGGCCCCCAGCCCUUAUACCGGCACACCUUUCAGCUAUGUGCAGCCUCUCAACACCACCAUUCUUAGCCCCUACGGCCACUCACCCGCCGUCUAUCCUUCGCCAAAGACGACAGGUAACGGCGGCUGGGAGGAGGCAAUGGCUAAAGCUAAGGACUUCGUCUCCCAGCUAACAGUAGACGAGAAAGCCUGGAUGGCAACCGGCCAGCCUGGUCCCUGUGUGGGCAACGUCCUUCCUAUUCCACGCCUGAACUUCAGUGGACUCUGUCUGCAGAACGGUCCGCAGUGUGUUCAGCAGGGUGACUACUCAAGUGUCUUCGUUAGCGGCGUAUCCGCCGCUGCCAGUUGGGACCGGAACCUGCUCUAUGAUCGAGCCCACGCUCUGGCCAAGGAACACAAGGCCAAGGGCUCUCACGUUAUUUUGGGCCCUGUUGGCGGUCCCCUUGGUCGCAGCGCCCAUGGCGGGCGGGCGUGGGAAGGAUUUGCCGCUGAUCCCUAUUUGACCGGGGUUUGCAUGGAGGAAUCCAUUCUGGGAAUGCAGGACGCCGGUGUCCAGGCAAACGCAAAGCACUUCAUCGCCAACGAACAAGAGAUACAGCGGAACCCUACCUACGCCCCCGACGCCAACGCAACAACCUACAUCCAGGACUCGGUCUCCUCGAAUCUAGACGACCGCACUAUGCACGAGAUCUACAUGUGGCCGUUUGCCAAUGCCGCUCGAGCGCGUGCGGCCAGUUUCAUGUGCUCGUACAACCGGGUGAACGGCUCGCACAGUUGCCAGAACUCAUAUGUGCUGAACCAUCUCCUCAAGAAUGAGUUGGGAUUUCAGGGCUAUGUCAUGUCCGAUUGGGGUGCCACCCACAGCGGCGUUGCAUCCAUCGAGAGCGGAAUGGACAUGACUAUGCCUGGUGGUUUCACUUUAUACGGAGAGCUUUGGACUGAGGGCUCUUACUUUGGCAAGAACUUGACAGAAGCUGUGAACAAUGGUACUGUGAGCGUGGACCGACUGGAUGACAUGAUUGUUCGUAUCAUGACCCCGUACUACUGGCUCAACCAGGACAAGAACUACCCCAGUGUCGACGCUUCCGUGGGCCCACUGAAUGUCGACUCUCCCCCGGAUACCUGGCUGUAUGACUGGAAGUUCACUGGCACGAGCAACCGUGAUGUGCGCAGUAACCACAGCAGCCUGAUUCGUGAACAUGGUGCUGCUUCGACCGUGCUACUGAAGAACGAGAGAAACGCCUUACCCCUGCGCAAGAACCUGCGCAAUGUUGCCAUCUUUGGUAAUGACGCUGGCCCCAUCACCCAGGCCACUACCGUGCGUGGAAACUAUCAGUAUGGUGUCCUGGCUAAUUCAGGAUCUUCUGGUUCCUGUCGGUUCAGCACCUUAUCAACGCCGCUCAAUGCCAUCAGUUCUCGGGCCGAGGAGAGUGGCGCAAUUGUCCAAGUGUGGAUGAACAACACAUUGGUUAUCGAAAAUGGGGCGUCCGCGCUGUUGGACCCUCAGGUUCCUGAUGUCUGCUUGGUUUUCGUCAAGUCGUGGGCUAUUGAAAACGAGGAUCGCCAAUCCCUGGAGUUUGACUGGGAUGGCAGUGCCAUGGUUGAGUCUGUCGCCAACUACUGCAACAACACAGUGGUGGUUACACACUCAGCAGGAAUCAAUGUCAUGCCCUUUGCCGACCAUCCAAACGUCACUGCUAUCCUCGCUGCCCACUACCCCGGAGAACAGGCCGGGAAUUCCAUUGCGGAUCUGUUGUACGGCAACGUCAAUCCGUCAGCCAAGCUACCCUAUGUCAUUGCAUACAACGAGUCCGACUAUAACGCACCGCUGACAACCGGUGUGGCAACCAACGGCACUUACGACUGGCAAAGUUGGUUUGAUGAGGAGCUUGAGGUCGGAUACCGGUAUUUUGAUGCCCAUAACAUUCCUGUCCGCUACGAAUUUGGUUUUGGUCUGAGUUACACCACUUUCAACCUGACCAAACUUGUCGCCAAGGCCAACCAUCCCAGCAAUCUGACUACUUUGCCGGCACAACGCCCAGUUCAACCAGGUGGUAAUCCAGCUCUCUGGGAUACUGUUAUCACCCUGGAGGCCCAAGUUGCCAACACGGGCUCUGUCGACGGUUUCGCUAUCCCGCAAUUGUAUGUUCAGUUCCCUAAGACCACGCCGUCAGGCACACCCCCGAGCCAACUCCGCGGCUUCGACAAGGUUUGGCUGCGCGCUGGGGAGACCAAGACUGUCACCUUCGACUUGAUGCGCCGGGAUGUUAGUUACUGGGAUACCACUGCACAGGACUGGCGCAUUCCCACCGGUAGCUUCACUUUCAAGAGUGGCUUUAGUAGCCGCGACUUCAGAGCAAACACGACUGUCACUUUGGUGAAGUAG